ACACACAGGAAUCCACGCCAGUGAGCACCAGCUCACAGCACCAGCUCAAAGCCGCACCUGACUCUCACCUGACUCUUCCUCAUGGCCGAAAUGGACGCGGGUCCCUUUUCCCUGAUGAGCCUGGAGGACGAGCUGACCUGCAGCAUCUGUCUGAGUCCCUUCGAGUGUCCCGUGACCAUCCCCUGCGGACACAACUUCUGCCAGGACUGCCUGCUCGCCACCUGGAAGGACUCCUACAGCUGCCCUCAGUGUCGCACCCUCUUCCCCAGCAGACCGGACCUGAAGAAGAACACGGUCCUCAGCACCGUGGUGGAGACCUUCAACCUGAGGACCAGCAAGAGCGCGACCGGCCCGCCGGCGAAGGAGGAGGAGGAAUGCGGGGUCGGGGAGCAGGAGGCCAUACGCUGCGAUACGUGCAUGCAGGCGGAGGCGACGCACACCUGCCUCACCUGCAUGGCGUCUUUCUGCGAGGAGCACCUGCGUCCUCACCGGGACAACCCGACGUUUAGGCUCCACCAGCUGAGUCAGCCCAUCGGAGACCUGUCGGAGCGGAUCUGCCCGGACCACCACAAGCUGAUGGAGCUCUUCUGCAGCCAACACGGCCGCCCCAUCUGCAGCCUCUGCCUGCAGCAGGUGCACAAAGGCUGCUCCUUCACGUCCCCCGAGGAGCAGAGGAACAUCAUAGAGCUUGGCCUGAGAGACAAGUUGGGUUUGCUGGAUGGGAACAUUGAGAAGACUGUGAGUGCUGUGUUUCAAAUAAAAGACCAGCAGAGCAAGCUGAAGGACGCAGCAACCAAGAGGAAGGCGACAUUGGCGGCUGUGCAUCACCAGAUGCGGGAUAUGUUGGACCAAGAAGAACGCCAGGCCCAGCGUGACGUGGACCUCGAGCUGGACCUUUGCCAGAUCAAACUCCGCGACCACAUGAAGAGGUUGACCGACAACACUGCCAAAAUGACAAAAGCCAAAGAACAAAUCAACGCCCUGCUGAGUCAAUCCCAAUCCUUGGCUUUUCUACAGGCUACCUUUGACUUCAAUGCCAAUAAGUUUAACAACCCUUCUGUGCCUCGAAUCAACCUGGACUCCAAGAAAGUGACAGCAACACAGGCCUUUACUGCUCUCCUGAAGGAGCACCUGACAGAGAUCCUCAAACAGCCCGUUGAGGCCAGACUUGUCAUGCUUAAACCAGAACUCAACCCAAGCUUUGUUGCAUCUGAUAAAAAGGGAGUUCCUGUCUCAGCACCUGCAAGUACUGGAUCUCAACCUGAAUCAGAAGUGACCAAGCCCCCACGGCGGCCGCCCAGUCCACGCCGCCGACUCAUCAAGCCCGAAAUCCAGCCAGUUCCCGGACCAGUUUAUUCUUACGUGGGGUUACAACCAGGUUGGAACACACCUCAGUAUCUCCACGGCCAGCAACAGAGAUUUUGUGUGCCCCCCCAUAUAUGGGGGGACAACCAACGAAAAAAGAAAGAAGGCUCCCCCAACGCUCAAGGAGGAAAUAUGCCAAGUGGAUUUAACUCCAAUCGAUUCUGAUAAAAACGAUUAAGACACCAUUCAUCGCCAAAAAAUAACUAACACUACAAAAUGUCUUGAACAUCCAAGACACACAUACACAAAGCUAGCCUUUGUUGUUUAUUUGCAUUACUUCAUCAGCUGCUCUGAAAUAAACAUCUUCGGUCAGCAUCUGUUACAUGAUUAACACAUUCCAAUAUAAUGAUGUCACUGCUUUAUUCUUCUUAUUGUGCUUUACGGGUGCUGUGAUCUCCGACUAGGGAUCGUGGGAGCAGUUUCCCCGCUCAAAAUCUUCAGAAAAUGUAUAAUAUCACAAAUAAAAACACAGACAUGUCGCUUAUUUAUGAAAAUAUUUAUGGGAAUGUCUUCAAAUUGAAAAGAUCGCUUCAUUACAUUCAAGUCAAUCAAAAUUGUUUUAUGUCACCAACAAUUUCACUGAGCCUUCUUUAUGAGUAUUUUUGUAAAACUGCAAUGAUUUACAUGAUUGUUCCCAAUAAAACGUUAUUCUCUUA